AUGCUACGCGUAGGUCGUGUGAAUCGUGACUUAUGUCCAAUUGAAAUACCUGAAAAUCAUGAAGAAGUUAUUUGUCUCAUUUGGCUUGAUUCCAAUAUGGACAAUUCCAAAGAUUCCUUCCCUAUGCAAGAAACUUUGCUCGAAUUAAAUUCAGACGUUCGACUCUGCACAGAAGUAAAUCUAUGUAUUGAUUUAAUCAAGACACUGAUUCAUAAACGUAUAGUAAUUAUCGUAUGCGGAGAUUUAUCAUGUAAAAUUGUGCCAGAAAUUCAUGGAUUUCGUUCAAUAGUUGCCAUUCAUAUCUUUUGUAUCAAUCGAGAAUUUUACGAACCAUUGAUGGCUAAAUAUGAGAAAAUCGUGGAAAUUUUUUCCGAUCGACAAUCUUUACUCGAAUCAAUUUGUGAGACUAUAUCUUUUAUUGAAAAGCAAAUUUAUGCAUUCAACCUAUUUGGUCAAAAACAAAAAUCCGUACGAGAUCCACCAAGAGGAUCAGCAUCGUUUCUUUGGCAUCACUUACUUAUAUAUGUACUUCGACAAUUACCUCAAGAUGAACAAUCAAAAAAAGAUAUGCUCGAUAAAUGUAUCGAUUACUAUCAAGAUAAUAAACGUGAAUUAAAAAAGAUUCAACAAUUUCGUCAAAUGUAUACAUCUGAUAAGGCCAUACAGUGGUAUACACACGAUUGUUUUCUCUAUCGUCUAUUAAACAAAGCUCUUCGAACAGAAGAUAUUGAUUUACUUUAUUCAUUUCGAUUUUUUAUCAUCGAUCUUUGUAAUCAACUCGAAAAUAAUAAUUAUGAAAGAAAAUCAAACAAAACUAUUUCAACAUUGUAUCGUGGUCAACGUAUUUCUAAAGAAGAAUUUGAAAGAUUACAAAAAAGUGUUGGUUUACUUAUUUCGACCAAUGGAUUUCUUUCAACGUCGCGUGAUAUAACUAUUUCUUUAGUCUUUGCUGGACCAGGUAUUACAAAUAACAAUGAUCAAUAUUCAGUUUUAUUUGUUAUCAAUGUUCCUGUAUCAUUAAAACGAGUCAUUUUCGCUGAUGUACAUGAACAAAGUGAAAUACCAAGUGAACAGGAAGUACUUUUUAGUCAUGGUGCUACAUUCAGGAUGAAUUCGGUUGACUUUGAUUCAAAUUUGAACACAUGGAAAGUAGUAAUGACAGUUACUGAUGAAGGUUUAGAUAAUGUUCAAGAAUAUAAAUUAUUAUUAGACGAACUAAUGCAAGAUCAGAGUUCAACUGUAUUAUUCGGAGCUUUUUUAUGGCGUGAUAUGGAAUAUAUAGAACAUGCUAAAAAAUUCUUUGAUGAACUGCUUGUCAGACUACCUUCUGAUCAUUCUGAUCUUCCUUUUGUCUAUAACUACAUCGGUUCAGUAUACUAUGAAAAAGGUGAAUUUAAUUUAGCAUUGGAAUAUUACCAAAAAGCUUACAAAUACCGCCAGGAGCGACUUUCAUCGGAUCAUCCAAAUAUCAUUGCUUCACUACACAAUAUUGGUAAUAUUUAUUGUGAAAAAGGAGACUUUGAUCAAGCUAUCGACUAUUAUUACCGUGCACUGAUGAUUGAUAAUAAACAUUAUAUUGACACAUUCCCAAGAGCAGCUAUAUAUGAAGCUCUAGGGAAUCUUUUUCGAAAAAAAUGCGAUUCAAAUAAUGCUCUCAUUUGGUUAAAUCGUGCGUAUAAUAUGUAUACGAGACUUCUACCAAGCCCACAUCCACAUAUUGCCCGAUGUAUUGGUAAUAUUGGUCUUGUUCAUGAAGCAAAUCGUAAUCUUGAUCGUGCUUUAGAAUAUUUUUUUGAAGAAUUCGAAAUGGAAGAACAAUGUUUACCACCUGAUCAUCCUAAUCUCUCGAUGCAUCUUGAUUGGAUUAUAACUAUGUAUAGAGAAAAAGGCGAAUGGGAAAGAAUUCUACGAUAUUUUCGGGUAAAAACGAACACAACCAAGCAUAAAUUUGUGUUUAAUCGGCGUCAUCUGGCUUCUACAUUACAAGCGAUGAAAGAUUUUUCGCCUGAUGCUACAAAAAUAUACACGAAGCAUUAUGAACUAUCGAUGAUGAACUCCUUAACACGUACACUCGAAAUUGCUUCAGUAAAAGAGAAAUCUGAUGCAUUGACUACAAAUCGAUGUAUCAGAAGACUUAGUGUCUGCAGUGUUGAUGAACAGAAAUUAGAAAAAAAUCUAACAUACUGGAUUCAUGCAUUGAAUAUCGAACGGCGCGUCUAUUCAUCUGACCAUCCAGAAAUAGUUCGAUCAUUACGAUGGGUCGGAGAAAGUCAUAUCGAGACUAUACGAGAUUAUUCCGAAGCGUUACGAAUGUAUUCUGAACGUUUACGAAGUUUUGCCAAAGGAUCGGCCAAUUUCAAAGAUAUAGAGUGUGGAAAAUAUACUGACUUUGAUAUGAAUGAUUUCGAAAGAAAAUUUGUCAAAACAACUAUUUAA